AUGGCAACAUUAAAACAGCAACUCGCUCGUAACUCCUUUCAAAAAGCCACCUGUAAAUCUAUUGUUCCUCCUCUUUAUACCAAUUUAUCUAGUGCUCAAUCUUUGCCAAGCCUUGGAAGUUUAUCUUCUCCUAUUCAUUCUCCUUAUUACUCAAAGAGUUCUCGUUCAUGUCAACAAACUCCAAGAACUGUAACAUUUUCCAGCCAAGAAAGUCAACGAACCCCAUUUAUAACAACUCCAAAUCAACAUACAAAUUGUUCUUUACGUAAAAUUCCUUCAAAAUUAUCAAAAGUGUGUAAGCUCUUUUAUAAUGAUGAUAAACGGAAAAGACAACCUACUAAUAAUGAAACUGAAAUAUUUCAAGUAUGGAAAGAUAUACUUAUAGAUAUUAAGAAAGAUGGAAAAAGUAAAAAAUGGAGACAAACAUGGAAAAAUAAUAAUUUGGUUCUAUUUGAAGAUUUUAUAAUAAGUGAUUUAAAAUUUAUUAGAGAGUAUGUUUGGUGUCUUCCAAGAAUUAAAAGAGAAGUAUUGACUUGUCUUGUUAAUUGUGUCCAACUUGGGUAUGUUGAUGACUUUCUAUUUCAAUAUUGUUUAUUGAAUAAUCAAAGUUUUAAAGAAGCUCUAUCUUUUAUUCAAACUUUACUUGACAAUGCAGAAUAUAUUUUUGAUUCUAAUGGAGAUCCUUGUUAUAAUGAAGAUGGUCUUAUCAUUCAUAUAUCUCCAAAAAAACUCUUUUCAGUUUGUCUCCAUGAGGUAUUAGGAAAUGACGAUUUAAUUACUUUUUUUACUGAAUCCUAUCCAUUUUUCAGUGAUUCAUUUACUAUUCUUCGUUGGUGUUUUGAAUACCAUAAAAAAAUUAAAAAAGCUUUUUUAAAUCAAAAAACUAAUACAGAAAAUUGUAUGGAAUUGAUGAGACUAGAAAAAAUUAUUAUUGGGGUUCUAUUAAAGAAAGAUUCUUUGGAUGAAGAAAUUAUUAAUGAAAUAAAACAUUAUUUCUGUACGGGAAUGUAUUCAACUUCUUUCACUAUGUCAGUUAUGGAAAUAUUAAACAAUAAAGUUGUUAAUGAAACAAAAAAGGUUUCUUCAACCAUCCCUUCUUCAAAGGAAGAGAAGAAACAGAAAAAAUGUAAAUCAUAUAAUGAAAGAAGAACUGAAUAUAUAGAAAACAUCAACGAAGUUCAAGAUGUAAAUCGUGAAAAUCUUUUCACUAUUCAUCCUUUAAUUGUAGCCCAACAAUUAAUUUUCUUCGACUAUUCAAUGUUUAAAGUAAUCCAACCUAUCCAAUUCUAUCAUUAUGACAACUGUUGUAUUAACAAAUAUAUCUCAAAACUAUCUGGCAUAAAAUGUCUUAUUAAAAGACAUACUACCUCUCCUGAGACUCUUUCUUUCUUUUUAGAAGUUGCUAAAUUUUGUAUUGCUCUUAAUGAUUUUAAUAUGGGAUAUAUUAUAUUGGAAGAACUCUUACUUUUAACAAAAACAAAUAAAGACUUAUCUCAACUAUUAUCUCAAGAAGUUGAACAACAAUUAACAAAUAGCUUUUCUUUAUUCUCCCCUGUGAAACGAUAUGACAAUUAUAAAAAUGCAAUUUACUCUUUACUUUCAACAGAAAGCUUUAUUCCGUGCAUCUUUAUCCUUGAAAAACAAUUGAAAAAACUUAACAAAAAACCACUCGUUGAAAAUAAUCUCCUCAACAUUGCAUCCAUCAAAGAACAUUACCAAGUCAUUCAACUUUUUAUUUAUGCUUUAAAAAACCCUUACCAAUUAGAACAAAAUGUGUCGUUUCAAUUUUUCUUUCAUUCCAUGUGUAAUUAA